AUGACUCCACAAGACUUCGAUUUGCUGAAAGUAAUCGGAUGCGGCGGUUAUGGAAAGGUAUUCCUAGCGCGGGAAAAGAGCCGUGAGAGAGUUGUUGCUCUGAAAGUUGUUUCCAAAGAUGAACUCGAGAAGCAACAUCUUCAAGAUGAGAUCCGGAUUCUGGAGAAUAUCAAAUCUCGUUUCCUCUGCAAAAUGUACCAUUCCUUCAAGACCUCACAAAAAGUCUACAUGGCUCUGGAAUUCCUGCCGGGUGGGGAGCUCUUUGCUCUGAUGGAAAGAGUUCAGUUUUUGUCGGAGAACUCCGCGAGAUUCUAUAUCGCUCAAAUCACACUAGGCCUCGAUUAUCUUCACAAUAAUCACAUAUUGUACAGGGAUCUCAAACCAGCAAAUGUGAUGAUUGACAAAGACGGGAAUGUAAAACUGGUGGAUUUUGGAAUGAGCAAGUUCAACUUCCCAAAAGGUAACAAGACAUCAACAUUCUGUGGGUCCAUGGAGUACAUGGCACCAGAGAUGAUCACCGAGAAGGAAUACGGUCAUGCAGUUGAUUUAUGGGCUCUUGGAGUUCUAUUAUUCGAUUUGGUCACAGGAAGUCCCCCGUUCAAUGGGGAGAACGAUGAAGAAUUGGAGCAUGAGAUCAGAACUGCCAAGAUUGAAUUCCCGAAAGGAAUCUCUGCGGAGUGUCAAGUAUUGAUCAAAUCUCUGUUAGUGAGGAAAGAAGAACACAGAAUCGAUAUCUCCCAAACAAAAAGAUUCGACUUCUUCAAAAAUGUCGACUGGGCGGAGCUUGAGCAGGGGAGAGGGAACAUGACUCCCCCAUGGAAACCGGUAUUGUCCGGAGAAGAAGAUGUGAAGUAUUUUGAUUCGUCUUUCACUAACAUGCCAUUAGAGCCUGUGGACAAUGAUAAUCCAUUCGAGGGCUUUGAUUUGGCGGCUCUUGGAUCGGACUUGAAUGAGGAUAGUGAAGUUCCUAGAAAGUGA